AUGAGCAGGCUCACAGCGGUGUCCGAGGAGCUUCCUCGCGACUCGACUCCCCCGCUAGAUCCCUCUCCAUCCGGGGAAGGUGCCACUUUUGACUCCAACGAGCAAACGAACCUGGAUGACAUGGUUGGUGUGGUGGAGCCACUGACGCACACGCCGGAACUCUUGGCGCUCAUCAACCAGAAAGUUUCCGUGCUUCAAAAAGACAGUAGGCCCUCAAUGCACUCUUUCCUCUACACCGUGCCGCACCUUUACACGCUAAACGAAGAUCAGAUUGAGAGGCUAAACCUGAUGCUGCGCGAGUACAGUGCCAUGGACAUUAUCGUUGAUGAAGGAACGCUGCUAACGCACGUGUUUGUGUUGGUCUCCGGCACCGUUGAGGUCAUCAACACAAGGGUUGGUCGUGCAUCCAUCGUUGGCCACCGCCGCGUUGGGAGCAUCAGUGCACCAAACGUCUUUGGCAUAGAUAGCGUCAUAUUUGAAAAGCCAUCGGAGUUUUCCUACCACGCAAGUUCCGUGGCAGCCGUGCUUCUUAUCCCAAAGCGGCAGUUCUGUGAUCUCUUCGCGCUUUCUCCUAUGCUCGCCAGCAGUGUCUCGGUCCAGAUCGCGCAAACGCUUUCCGCCUUCUCCGCAUUUGAGGAUUUUUGCCGUGCGCUCUUUGGUUUAUCGUCAACGUCGAUGUCUGGGAACCGCAGCUUUGGCGAGGGGGGAUACAAGUUGUCGAUGCCCACAUCUGUUGGUAUUUACGAGUCCAGUGAGACGGUCUUCCACAGGUUCAUGCAUUCCACUGCAAUUGAUACAGACGCGUUACGCCACUGCGUUAAACGUCUACCGGAGAAAAUCACGGAAACCUUCGUGAUCACGCUCUCGCGCAGCAUACCCACCCAUCUCUCCAAUGGAAUGGGCUUCUCAACCACAAUGUCGCUUGAGUCCGCACGGCGACGGAGAGCUGCGUGGAAAAUUGGUGAAAAGGGGCAAAUUUUUGUCAUGGCGCGGGACGGGUUUACAGACAUUAUAGAGUUUGUCACCGAGUUGUGCAUGUUGGUUGUGGAGUCGAAAAAAAUACGGCUACGUUUGCAGCGACUCGCCUCCCCGCUCGCCAUUGACUUUUUGCGUGAUUCACUCGCCAUCGGAGACGCGGCGUCGGAUGCCGUGGUGAAGGCGGUUCUCAGCCAAUUGCCCUUUUCGGACACGGAAAUUGAUGGAUUGAUGCAGGUCUGGGAUGGACCCGAAAUUAUCAAGGUCUUGUACAACAUUUUGCUACGCCGCGGGGAAUUUGUUGUCUACGUGGACGUGAACUUGGCGAAGAAGUUCUCGCAGGAUCCGUACCAACGAUGGAGUCUCUGCAUCAGCCGACACAUCCGGGAGGAGCUGGGCAUCAGCGGCGAGGACGUCUUUCCGUCGGAUUUGACGAUUGAUGUCAUGUUCUCCUCCAACAUCACCAUUAAGAGCCUUUUGUGCCCCACCACGGAGGAGUUUAGGCGGUUGCUGGAGAAGUACGUGGUUCCCCCGUCGGAGGCCGCCGCGUUGAAGAACGCGGAUGACCGCUACCUUUACGUGCUGGCGCAAGUUUUGGAGGAGGAGGCCUCCGUGCGGGAGCAGUACCGUCAACACCUGGAGGAGUCGGGCUUCAUCAUGAUGGAGGAUUCCUACAUGUCAGGGCUUGUUGUCGACCUCAUCAACAUCAGUAAAUUGCGGGCCUCGGGCAUAGAUGCCACACUACGGCUCGUCGCGUCAAAGCGGAAUAGCAUGCAAGAAAAUGGUUUCAUUAUUAACAUUGAUCGGACGUUUGGUGCGCAGGUUGAAAGUAUUUUGCGAAGCCUUGUGCUUAUUUUUGGCAAUCGCAUCCGCAGCGUGAAUCUUGCCGGGAAUGUGUCUGGACUGGUGGGGAAGUGUGGGGAUGUUGUCCUUCCCACCAAGCUGCUCUUCUCAAAACAGUCCUUUGGCGAAGACUCCACCGAUGAGACACGCUUGUGCAACACAGACGACCUGCAGGAAGAAGACGUGCUUCCUUUUUUAAGCGACGGCAAUGCGUCGCUUCACCGGGGUGGGUGUGUCACGCUUCCUGGUGUUUUUCUCUACAGUGACUCUGUCCUGCGGUUUUACAAGGUGGUGCAUGGGUGCACCUCUGUGGACAUGCGGAGCAGCUACGUGGCGCGGCAACUUGAGGAGAGUCGCCGCACAGGGGUACUGGGGAAGCGCGUGAAGACACGGUUUUUGUUUCACAUGGACGCGGUGCCCCUCAACGGUGGUAGGGACUCCGAAUCAAGUACACAAAAAAUCGAUGUAUUGUUCUCCAUUUAUGCAACCGCCCGUUCUCUACUAACUUCCAUCCUUUUUUCCUGA